AUGGACCUCGAGGUAGACUCCCUGGGCGACGCGCCGUCGCUGGAAUGGAAAAAAUCGGCCCGUCGGCGGUCGAGCACGGGCUCUCGGAAGGUUCCCCGGCGAUCGGUGCUGAGCGAGUCGACGAAUCGGCACAACAACGCCGCCGACGACGCCGAGGCCGACAGCGACGGCGACCUCUGCCACAAGACCGACCCCGAGCGCGGGGAGACGUGGUUGGCGCGGUGGGGCGAGCUCGUCGACGCGCUCCCCGCCAUCGACGACGACGUACCGCCGGACGCGUUCCGCGGCGCGGCGCGCGAGCUGCUGCGGCGUGGCGUCGAGAUCGUCGACGCCGCGGACGCGGAGGACGCGGCGGGGCGCGACGCGCUCGUGCUCCGCUUCGUCGACGGACCGGAGGGGCGGGUCUCGCUGCCGCCGCCGUUCGACGACCCGUUCUCGUUCGCGAACGACUACCUGCCGCUCUACGGCCCGCUGCGGGGGUUCCAGGUCGACGCCAUCGCGGCGCUCCACGAGCGGCGCGACGUCCUCCUCGCCGUGCGCUGCGGCGCCGGCAAGAGCCUGCCGCCGGCGAUGGUCGCGGCGGCUCGGGCCCGGGACGCGUUGGACCGCGGCGCGCAGCAGGUCUGCGUCUGGACCGCGCCGACGCAGGCGCUCGUCGCCGACAAGGUCGACGACCUCCAGGGGCGCUACGGCGAGGGCUGGCGGAACGCGGGCGGGCGCGGCGACUUCGCCGCCGCGGUCGCCGGCCUGGAGCGCGCGGGCGCGCGCGACGACGACGGCGACGUCGUCUUCGACUACGCGGACGCCGCCGCGUCGAGCUCGACGUCGGCGUCGACGGCGCGCCACCCCGUGCUGGCCGCGAUCUCGGCCAAGGCGUGCGACGUCGCCGUCCUGGUCAUGUGCCCCGAGAUGCUCGCGGAGCACGCGGCGUGGUUCGUGCUCGCGGCGCGCGCGGGCAUCAUCUCCCUCGUGGUCAUCGACGAGUGUGACGAGGAGGUCGGCAACGACGACUCGUUCCGGCGGAGCCAGGAGGCGCAGGGGCGCACGAUCCAGGCCUGCUUCGCGUUGGCCGGCGCGAAGGCGCCCGUCGUCGCCCUGUCGGGCACGCUGUCCAAGUUCGAGGUGGGCUCGCUCCUCGAGGCCCUCGGCCUGCCGCCCGCGCCGGCGACGCUCGUCAUCCGGACGGCGUCGCCGAUCAACUCCAUGGUCGACAUCCACACGGGCGAAGCCGACGACGAGGACCCGGACGGCUACGGCGCGCCCUGCGCGAGCCCCCUGGACCACGUGGCCGUGAGCCCGCCGGCGCCGGUCACGCAGCGGCCCGUGGGCACCGCCUUCCAGCUCGAGCUCGCGCGCGACUCGUGCGAGCCGCCGCCGACGGCCUUGGCGACGCGCCGCGCCGCGCGCCGGGCCGGGUCCGACGCGCAGCUGGCCAAGGCGUUGGGCAUGGCGCAAGAGGGGCCGAACGCGCUGCUCGUCGCCGCGAGCGCCGCGAUCUCGGACGCGACGGCUCCCGCCGAGCCCGGCGCCGGCGACGAGGCCGAUCGGGCGACGAUGCGGCGCGCGGAGACCCUGCUCCGGCGCCAGAAGAGCGCGCUCGUGGCCGAGCGCGACGGCGCGGCGGCCGAGCACGCGCACCUCUGCCAGGAGAAGGUCCGGGUCCUGAAAUCCAGCACCGCGAAGAUGCAGGACCUGAAGGCCACGAUCAAGCAGUGCAACGCCGCGCUGCGCAAGAACCAGAAGGACAGCAACGUUGUCCAAGCCCGGCGCAAGGCGGCCGAGCUCCAGGACCGGCUGCGCGCCGCCACCGCCGCGGAGCCCGAGGCCGACGGCGCCGUGGAGCGCGACCCCGACGACGAGAUCCGCAUCACGGACGGCGAGCCCGUCUUCUCCGACGCCGACGACAGCGACGGCGACUUCGGCGACGCCUAG